AUGUCUUUGAAAUUUUUUCCUAUUUCGGUUCUCGAGGACACGCCUAUCGGCUUGCAGGGACAGACACCACACGAAAGACACAAACAUCCUCUCAACAAUAAGGAGAACUACCUAAAACGACUUAAACAUUUAUUUGCGAGGAAUAAUGUAUCUAAAGCAUUGUCGGCUUUAUUGACGGCCGUUUGCGAUGAUCCCUGCGACGCGGCCCAUUGGUGCAGGCUCCAAUGUUUUUUCGCAUUUGUUUUGUUCAAGCCCACCAGGGUCGGUCGCAGGACUAAUCAAGCCAAUUACGUUAUUAAACGGUUGGCCGAAUUCAGUUCGACCGAGGUCGAGAUUAUUGUGGCAAGCUUCAACACUGACCACAACACCAAACCGCGUAAGCACAAUCCAAACAGUUGGAUUAGUGCAGUAACCACUCGGAUUGAACAGGGCAGUCUCUCGGCGGCCGUCAGACUUGCUUGUUCGCCCGCAGGCCUGGCGGAGAGCUCGCCUGAGACACUCGCUAAACUCAAAGCUAUUCAUCCCAGUGCUCCAUUGAACAGGCGAGCUUUCCCCGCGCAGGAGCCGUCCAAUGGUCGCGUUUCACCAGCCCAGGUGUUGACGGUUUUAAAGUCGUUUAAUAAUGGUUCAUCGGGAGGCCUUGAUAGCUUGAGGCCUCAGCACAUAAAGGAUUUACUUUCCGGUCCGACGCCCACCGAUGAAUUGUUAAAUAACCUCACCCGGUUUGUAAAUUUGUUGUUGUCUGGGGUCUGCCCUCUCGCGGAACCGUCGGGCAUUGCGGCGCACGACGGUAAACGCCCUGACGGGUGUACCUUGAUCCCUUGGAGAGCCGGCAGGUGCUUGGCGUGGGACCUUACCGUUCCGGGCACCUUUGCUGAGCGCUACGUGCAGCUUACUAGCAAAGAAAGCGGUUUGGCUGCAACCAGGGCAUCUGACGAGAAGAUCAAAAAGUACGACGGAGCUCUCCCCUCGAUGGAGUUUUUACCGAUUUGUAUCGAGGUCCUCGGCCCCAUGGACCGUAACACCUCCGGGUUUUUCAAUCGAAUUUGUAAAAAUAUCAGUAUUAGGUCAGGCGAUAGUAGGGAAUAUUUUUUUGCUAUGAAUAAUAUCUCGUGCAUCCUGCAGCGGUUUUUGCGCGUCUGUGUGUUGGAAAAUGUGGAGUUGAAUGCCGACGGGGUUGAGUGA